UUCAAACGUCAAAGUGUGGUAAAUAUCGUAAAUAAUGUCAUCGUGACCGUGACCGUGACGUAUUUUAUUUCAUUGUUGCGCAAUUUCAGUUUUCUGUUCAAGCUGAUUUGCUAGGAGUUAUCGGACUAAACGUUAAACGAGACGAUGCCGACUGUGACGGGGAGGUUCGGCCCUCUGGUUGGUGCGAUAGAUGAAGGCACGAGCAGCGCCCGGUUCCUGGUGUUCUCGGCGCGCACCGCGGAGGUGGUGGCCGCGCACCAGGUGGAGCUGGUGAAGCUGUACCCCCAGGAGGGCUGGGUGGAGCAGGACGCCCAGGUGCUGCUGCGCACCGUGCGGGAGUGCAUGGAGCGUGUGGCGGACAAGCUGCGCGCGCAGGGCGUGGCGACCAGCGACGUGGUGGCCGUGGGCGUUACCAACCAGCGCGAGACCACGGUCGUCUGGGACUCCAGCACGGGCAAGCCCCUCUACAACGCCAUCGUGUGGCAGGACAUGCGCACCACCAGCACGGUGGACUCUCUGCUGGAGGCCGUGCCGGGCCGCAACAAGGACUACCUCAAGCCGCUGUGCGGGCUGCCUCUCAGCCCCUACUUCAGCGCGCUGAAGCUGCGCUGGCUGCUGGACCACGUGCCCGAGGUGUACCAGGCCGUGCUGGAGGGCCGCUGCAUGUUCGGCACCGUCGACUCCUGGCUCAUCUGGAACCUGACGGGAGGCAAGGACGGCGGAGUCCACGUGACAGACGUCUCCAAUGCAUCGCGCACGAUGCUCAUGAGCCUAGACACGCUCCAGUGGGACAACAAGCUGUGUCGGUUCUUCCAAGUGCCCCGGGAGAUACUGCCUGCUAUCCGCAGCUCGUCCGAGAUCUACGGCACCAUCGCUGAGGGUGCGCUGAAGGGCACGCCCAUAUCUGGGUGCCUGGGGGACCAGCAGUCCGCGCUGCUGGGCCAGAUGUGCACGCGCGAGGGGCAGGCCAAGAGCACGUACGGCACGGGCUGCUUCCUGCUCUACAACACCGGCACCAAGCCUGUGCGGUCUCGGCACGGCCUGCUCACCACGGUGGCCUACCAGCUGGGCCCCGCCGCGCCGCCCGUGUUCGCGCUGGAGGGCUCGGUGGCCGUGGCGGGCGCCGCGCUGGGCUGGCUGCGCGACAACAUCCGCAUCAUGCAGGACGUCUCGGAGACGGAGACGCUGGCGGAGACCGUCUCCUGCACGGGCGACGUGUACUUCGUGCCCGCCUUCUCGGGCAUGUACGCCCCGUACUGGCGGCAGGACGCCCGCGGGGUGAUCUGCGGCAUCACGGAGGAGACGUCGCAGCUGCACAUAGUCCGCGCGGCGCUGGAGGCGGUGUGCUUCCAGACGCGCGACAUCCUGGAGGCCAUGAACCAGGACUGCGGGGCGCCCCUCACCAAGCUGCAGGUGGACGGGGGCAUGACGGCCAACAGCCUGCUCAUGCAGCUCCAGGCCGACCUCGUGGGCAUCUCCGUGGUGCGGCCGGUCAUGACGGAGACCACGGCUCUGGGCGCGGCCAUCGCCGCGGGCAGCGCGAAGGGCGUCGAGGUGUGGAACACGGACGCCAAGGCCCUGCCCUGCGACGUGUUCAAGCCCAACAUCUCCGAGGAGGAGAGGGACGCACGUUACUCCAAGUGGAAAAUGGCGGUCGAAAGAAGUUUUGGGUGGGAUAGCUCAUAGUGUGCUCAUUGAAACUGUUCUGUUGUGUGUUUGAGUCGUUGUGUAGGUUUCACGUUGUGCUGCAGGGGCCAUUUGCAAUGUUGACUUGUUGACUUACGCCUCACCGGGUUCUGGGGAUUCGCCUCCUAGAAGUCUGCUUUGCCAGGAGGUCUCCUAUUGGUGUAGCUGAGUCGGGAGGCAGGGCUCGCCACUGUCACGUCACAUCACACCAAACUCCAGUCCAGUAUAAAACUAGAAUUAAUUGGAAAUUAUAAUUUCAUUGAUGAAUGAAUAUGACAAGGAUGUUAGUAAAUCAUUCUUUAAGUCUCGUGUGGUAAAUAUGUGAGUUGGUCAUAACAAUAAUUUUUUUUUUUUUUUUUUUUUUUUUAACUUGAUUUACAGUAACGAGAUGCAAGGGGGAAGGUUGAAACAAUUCUCAACAGAAAAGUAUAUGCGUUAUUAUCAAAUGGUGAAAAUACUAUUAUUAAGGUUUAUUUAACUAAUCUUUUUUUUAUAGUUUACCCGCCCCUCAAAGUAACGCUAUUCAAUUUAUAAUUUUAAGUAGCUGUGUCGUAGUUUCAAAGUAGUAGCGCUUUUUUUUUCAUUUACACAAUUUUAUUUCCGUACGCGCACAAUGGAAAUAUAACUUGUUUUUGCAUUAAGUACAAUGCAACAAAUUACCGUAUUGGUCCGAAUAUAAGGCGACCAUUUUUACAUAAACGAGAGAUGCAAAAAUUGGAAGUCGCCUUAUUUUCGCACCCAAGACGUCAGAACCGCAAACAUUAGUUCCAAGCUGAAAGCUACAGUAGAAACAUUGUUUAAUAAAACGUUCACAAUUUUUUAUAUUAACUAAAACGUUGUUACCUCACACGGAGAAAAACGAUAAAUCCACCUAAUAUUGCAGUAAUUCACAAUUGUUUGAAGUUGAAAAUUAAAAUAUUUGUUCUUGAGUAAAAACGUGAAUGUUGAAGCAUCUCAAAAUGGCAACCUUUUAUUUCAUAAUUCAUAUUUGUACUUUGUGUACAAUCGCGUGUUAACAUUUAAGGUAAUUUAUCUUCAGAUUUUUAACGGUAAUAUUUGUACUAAAAUAUCACAGUUAUUUUCAGAACGAUUGUUUACGUUUACAAACAUUUCGGAUGUAAUGUAUGGAAAUUCACGGCUGCCAACUGUCUUUCCACAAUAUUUCUUUGUUGUAAAACGAACAUUGCCGAACACGCACGAAGACGCCAUAUUAACAGGAAUUUGGUACGUUGCUUCAAAAGCUAUUUUAAUAAUCCACUAUUUAUGUAAAAACCUUUCAUAAUUAUAAUAGAUUAUUCUUUCAAAUUCAUAGAACAGACUCUCUCUGUCAGAGAGUAAUAUGGCAAAUAUACGCGGUCACGUAACCGAAGUUAUUCUUGGCCGUAUGCUUCAUCAUGUCAGCUAGCCACUUGUUUUGUUCCGGCAAGAUGCAUUCUUUGUUUGCUUUUUUUACGUUUAACACACUACUAAAUAGUAAUACGCCUUGUUCUGUGGUAAUAUGUAGCUUAAGUCAAACGGAAAGUUAAAUGCUGUAUUUUAAGAGGGAUUAAUAGCCAUUGUAAAAAUUUUAAAUUCGUAGAUACAGUAAACUGUGAAAAAUGAACAAUCACACAUCGGUGGAACGGCGGGGAAUGAGCCCUAGACAAAUAAACAGCUCUGAAGAUGACAAUUAUGCAGCUUCAUUAGAGUAAACAUACGAAAAAAUUUCUAGUGUAAUACUUAAAAAUGUAAAAAUUUUCUAAUUGUUUUCUUUUGACUUUUAGGGUAGGCCAUUCAAACUUAUUUUAAAUAAGUAAUGUGAUAAAUAUAAAUUAAUUGUUAUACAUAAAUGCAAAAACCAUUUAUCAACACAAAAUGUAUGUCUAAUGAAUUUUCACAUUAAUUUCUACCAAAAAUUAUUUUUACAUUUGUUUGGCCUCCUGAAACUGCAGGUCGCCUUAUAUUCGGGGUCGCCUUAUAUUCGGGCCAAUACGGUAGUAAUGUGCUGUAUCAACAAACAAACAUUUUUUGCUCACGUCAACCAGGUUGCGCUAGUGGCAAAUCAUGGCAGACACAUUUAGUAAACAAGUUGUGAGUUAUGUUAACAGGUUAAAUAAUUUCUUUAAUAGUAAAUUCGUCAUAAUUGAAACAUAUCUUCUAUAUUAAUAACUUUAUAAUGUUGUAACUCAUAAAUGUUGUUAGGGCAUAGGUACUUAGGCCAUCUUGUGCCCAAGCCCUGUUAUGUAAACAAUGCAGCCUGUAAAUUUUUUUAUACUGCAAUUUAAUUUUAAAUUGUUUAAAAUUAAAACGUACUGAAAUGUUUAUUUGAAUGUACUUCAAAUGUGUUUAGACUCAUAACAGUAUUGUACAUUGAAUUUAAGAGAGUAGUGUCUUGUUGAAAUUGGUAGUCAGCAGUGAUUGGAAAAUUAAUUAUUAUUUUAACCUACACUCUUAAGGUAAAAACAUAUUCAAUUAGUGCUGUUUUGAUUAGGGCUCUGAAUAAAUUAUGGUGUUACUUUGAGUUGCGGGUGUAUUUGUUUCACAUGACAAUUAAAAUGGGGUAAUAUCCAAAAUAGACACUUUUUCUUUAAAUUUUUGGCUUCUUCGUGCAUAUUAUUGAUGUAUAGGCAUAAAUCAUGAAGAAAUAAUCCAUGGAGUAUGUGUCUGUCACUCUGAUUAGCAUUUGGUUAGCAAAACAAACUGUACCUAUAUAAAGGCUUAUAUUAGAAGUUUAUUUGAUUGUUUGAAAUUAAAUUGUGAGGAAGAGUGGUAACUUCUCAUCAUGAGUAAGUAUUUUUAAACAAUUAUGCUAAUAACUCAUCAGCAAGGAAUUAGUAUUUAGCUUCGUUAUAGCCAAAAAAUGUUUUGUUAUUCAGGUGGGAAAGGGGCGUGGGGCUGGUUCUCUUUUUGUCGUUAGUUACUAUCAAGGAAAAGAUUGCACACAACUCCUUAACUUCUCGAUUGAAAACAUUAUUUUGGACAUACACCUAUGCUGCAAUGGAGUACGUCCGAAAUAAUUUUUUUAAUCAAUCUUCCCCCAGUGCAAGGCCCAUUUAGAGGAAAGUCCCUAAUAUCCUACCUCUAUGAUAAAACAUGCAAAUAUUGUUAACAUCAUUGGCUGCAUGGUUCCUGGGUUCACACGUGUGUGUGUGCGUUUCUGUGUCAGUGUCGGUGUGUUGAGUGUUUGUGUGCAUCGGUGUUGGCACCAUGCGAGCUACGUUUCUACCUCCUUGUUGCUAGUACCGAGGUCCUGGCUAUUGAUUUGUAACCAUGCUGGGACGUAACCAACUACCAGCGCUAACUGCAAGCACGUAUCCAGAUGAACGGAACGUUAGGGGUGUGCGAAGCUUCGGAAACUCAAAGAUUUCAAAAAAAAAGUUUCAAUACAUUAACAACUGGAUUCAACUAGGGGCCAUGAAUAACAUCUGUGGUGCCGGCUAACCGCGGGAUUUUACCGACUGAGAACCUCUCUCGAGUCGCUAAAAAUGGAUUAUAACUGCCAGCACGUUUCUUGGGUAGAUGAGACACGCAUAUGCUCUGUUCAAGGUGAUGUGAGACUUUUUUGGCAGGUGUUCAGUGAUUGUAGGGACGAGAUUGUAUGGUCCAUUGCGAUAAAACCAAAAUAACACUGAAAAGUAUGCCAGUAACACCAUAUCACACAGAAAUUCAAGUAGGUACACCACAAAGCACCAAAAUGAAAUAAAAAUUGUGAAGCUACUCAGCAUUUUCAGUCAAAAUUUAACUUUAAUUACAAAUACCUAAUCUUUUAAAUAUGAAAUUCAAUGAAAGUAAUUUAUUUAGCAUGAUGUUUUUAGCACGAUUGAAUGUAAAAAAAAAUAGGGAAAAGUUUAUUUUUUUAUAAUCUUCGAACUGUUAUUAGUUACUCAUAUUUAUGUUGCGACCUUAGAACUUUUUUCGAACCCAGAAAUAUUUAACAAAUUUAUUUUAUUUUCUCUGAAAAGUUAGACAUGCUUAUUAGAAAUCAGUAUAUUGAAAAAAUGCAUCAAUUAUCAGUCAAAAUGACAAUGUUAUGGAGAAAUUAUUACUGUGGAACAUUUAAGUGUUAUAUUUGUUCAGUAGUAUGCUAUCUGUUCUUUUAAACAGAUUUUUAUAAAAAAUAAAAUCAAUAACACCAAAAUCUCCAGUUUUAAAAACAAAAUUGACCUGAAAAUAAAACUGUGAAAUCUUGUCUCUUAACGAUUAGUAAGUCUGAUGACAAUAAUCAGUCAAAGUCUAAAUGUUUGUUGAAGGACCAGUAAAAAAAAAAGCCUCACCUUUUUAUGAAAAAAAUUUAUUUAUUCAAUAUUUUUAGGUGAAAACUUUUAAAUGCUAGAUACUAUUUCGCAUAAUAAACAGGAUAUCCAGAAUUCAACAGAGAACAGCAAAGAACAGCUGAUAGGCCAAUUAAUGAUGGUUCUAAAUAUUAAAAAAAAAACUAAAAAGGCAUCCUAACUUUUAUUCUCGUUUUAGUUUUUUUUUUUUCCAAGUGAUUUAGGAUAUCCAUAUUGCACCAAAUUAUUAUAUGCUGUGACUAUAUUUUCCAUAUUAUAAUUUAUUUUUUAUGCACUCCUUAAUAACCUUACUAUUGAUAACAGUUAAAAAUAAAACAAAACAUGCUAUACAUUUGAGGAAAAAAAAAUUUUUUUGCAUGGUUCAUGAUGAAAACAUUGGUUAACUUUUACUAUUCAUACUGUAAAAAAUGUCCUGUACUAACUUAAGUUAUUUUAAAAGAUGGCUCAUCCAAACAAGACUUAAAAUUGGAACAACACUGAUGUCUUCUCCUUUUUUUAAAAUAAUAUUUGUAUUUUUUUUUGCAAGUUGGCCUAAUUUCAUUACUUUUAUGAAACAGUCCUAAUAUUUAAAAGCUCAAAGAUUGAAUAAAGUUGGUCUGUGUAAGAAAUAGAUGGUGAGGAAAACAGGUUAUUUACUUUAAUUUGAUGAAAAUAGUUUCAAUAAAUGCUUUUUUUAAUUUAAAAUUUCACUAUCUGUGCCCUCACUGUCUCUCUCUGACGGACUAAUUGAAAUAGAGACUUGAAUAUUAAUUAGUGUAUUAUCUAUCACAGUAUGGAAAUAAUUUUGAAAUUUGAUCAGUUUGCAAAAAAUCUAUAUAUACUUAUAUAUAAUACAUAUAUGUAUAAAGAAGAGAUCAGUGUUUUACCAUUUUUAAAUUGUGUUUGGAUGAGCGAUCUUUUAAAAUAACUUUCCAAAAAAAAAUUUUACAGUAUGAGUAGUCAAAGUUAUCUUAUUAAGUAUUUUUGCCUUAGGGUCUGGCAACUAAAUUUUUUCCCACCAAAACUUUUUAUGUUUGAUUUUAUUUUCAAUUAUUAUCAAUAUUAGGGGUAGUCAGGAUUGUGUAGCAAAAAUGAUAUUUAAAUAUUGAAAUUUGCAUUCACAGUAUCUUAUAAUUUGUGGCAGGGUGGAGAUUUAAAACUAGAACAGCAAAUAAAUUACAUACAACUCAAUAAAUAAGACACUUGUAAUUUUUUUAUUCUGAUUGAUUAGUUAACUGAUCACAUAUUGAUCAACCUAUCAGCUGUUCACAGCCUGAUAUUGUGACAUUCUUUGUGUUUGCUGCAGUCUCACCUUUUUUUAUUCCAUCAACUUCAGAAAAAAAUGUUUACUUUUUUGCGACCAGGCAAUAGAAAAAGUUGAUAAGUUACAGACAACUGUUCAAAAUUCUUGAGAUAGUAUUUCAGAAUUUGCUCAACAACCUGCUUUGAAGAUAUUUGAAAAGAUGCUUAGUUAUAUGCAGUAAUCGUAGUGUGUUGGCAUUUCAAAUGUACUUCAACAGUUAAUCUUUAUUCUUCUUAGGUCAUUUGUGUUUGUGCUAUUUUUUUCUUUUAAUUUUCAAGCAGUGGCAGUUUGAUAGUUUACUAAGUGUUCCCUACAUUAUGUGUGGUAUGCAGGUUGUGCUGAUUUAACAGAAACUCAAGCAUUCAAAAUUGUAUUAUGGAUUUUCCUUAUAGUAAAAUUAUAAUUAAAUGAUCUUAAACUUUGGCAAAGAUUUUCGUCUUUGAUCCAAAUUAAAGAAAAAAGUUCUUCGCACACCUCUAAUGGAGAUGUUUUAGUUUUUGUGUGAUAUUAGCAUUAGUGAAUGUAGGAGUAAAUAAUGUGUUUCACAUGCAAACACACUUGUGUGUGUGUUAGUUGGUGUAUUAUUAGCUGAAACCAAGUACAAGUUUUAGUAAGAUUUAAUAAUGAGCUAAAAAAUUUAAUUUUUAUGUAGGUAUAUAAAUGAAAAAAACUAUGAAAAGUUAGUUUAAAGUAGCUUAUCCAAGGGUUUCAUUAUUGCCUUGGCAGGCAUCAAUGCCACAACUCAGUUUUGUUGAAGCUUUGAGUCAUGACCCAAAUAUAAAAUUGUUAAUGUUAAGCCACCAAAAUAAUGUUUUACUGGUGGUUACGAAUAUAUUUGCGAUUGUAAAUGCAUCAACAUUAUGCAAGCUGUUCCGAGUGGAAACUGAUUUAUCCUUACAGAAUUUUAUGAUUUUAAUUAGUAUUUUUUGUGUGCAAUGACACACAUGCAUUUAUCACUAACAAAAUUAUGAUAGAAUUGGUAAUAAUGAUUGUAGUCAUUACUUGUAUUUGUUUUUAAUUUAGUGACAUUGAUUUUUAAUCCAUUUAGUUUGGUAAGAGGUUUGUGUUUUUUUACUAUUUAACACUAAACAUGGAUUGAUUGUGCAAACACAACUCUUAUAUGAUCAUCACAUGUUCUGAUAACAAAAGCAUUUUAUGUGAUUCAAGCUUUAAACAAUUUAUUAGUUAAAUAAAAGUUUUAAUGGUUUAUUUUUGAAAGUAUAGAAAUGAAAUAUUUUUGUAAAUUUUUAUUACUGUUCUAUUUAUAGCUGCUGUUAUUAUACCUUUUAUUGAGGUAAUAUCGAAGUUUGUUGUUAUUGAUGUAAAUUUUGUGAGUUAUAAAUGUACAAUAUAUGUUUUAGAUUUAUUUUGUUUUUAUAUACAACUUUCUUUUUUUUUGUCCUAUUUUAUGUUGUGAAACCAACACCCUAAAGAAUUGCUCUCGCUGAACAAAAUUCAACUGUUUCUUGUCGAGGCUUUUUUUAAAGCUUCGAGUGUAGAAUUUUGUAUAUUGGUAAAAAAAAUUUUUUGAACAUUAGUACUUUUUUGUGAGAAUAACCUAAAACAUGUACUUAGCAUUUGAGCCAUUUCUUAACGUAAAUUUGUUUUUUUUUAUAAAAGUAUGUCUUAAUGGAAAGCACCACUGACUUGUGCUAAGAACACACUGUGGGGUCUCUAACCCUUCAUGUGUUUCAGUAGCUGGAUGUCACCAGUUUUGAUUUAUUUGAUCGUACAUGAUUACAUUUUUAUUUUUAUGAAUUUAAAUCUAAUAUUAGUUUUUGACUCAGUAUUUUAUUAACAUUUUAAAUAUUGAGUAUUGGUAUUGUCUUCAAAUUUGUUGCUUAUUUUGUUUACUUGCCAACCUUAUUAAAAUGCUCUGAAGGUAAACACUAUAGUCAGUAAAAGAUUUACAAAUAUGAGGAUAGUUAGGUGAAUCAUUUGAUAUUUGAGAAAUUUUAAAAAUAAAAAAAAUUAAAUUACUGAAAAAAAUUUAAAAUCUUAUUUCAAUUACUCUGCAAAGAAAUAAUGUAGGCUUAGUGUGAAUAAAUGUUUUAUAUUAUGAAAAAUAAAUUUUACUUAAUAUAAGACCAGGUUGGAAAUGUGAAAAUAGUGAAAUGAGGAGCAGUAACAAGACAACUUGCAACUUUAACAACUAUUAAUGUGAUUUUUGGACUCUGGCCCAAAGUGUACAAGAUUGCAUUGUAAGUUUGGACUAGCAGACAUAUAACAUACUAGAUUCUACUGAUAAGUGAUUUUGGGUGGAAAAAAAACACUUCCAAGGGCUUCUUCGGAUCAAUAACUCACUGAGUAAAAGCGUAAAUUUUUCAUAAAUUAAAUAUUAAUUUUAUUAAAUCAUAAUUUCAACAUAAAUAUUUUUUUGUCGGACAAUAAUGACUAGUAUCAUUUUUCAAUACUCUAUGUUUCAGUACUAUUAAAAAUCUUGUAGCAUAAUGUCAUUUGUGUUUGGAAAACCUUGUCACACCAUACAAAGAUGUACAUAUAUUUUCAAAAUUGAGAUCCAUUACUUGUUUGCUUGAAAUAAGGACCUUAGUGCAUGACUUUUGAACAAAAGUAAGGACCCAUUGGGAAAAAAUUUUUUCGGGGCCCUUCCCCCAUUACUUAAUGUGAAACUUUUCAAACCCCGCAAUGUAAAAAAAAAUAAUCUUUGUAAACAAAACCAUGGCCAUUACUGUAAACGUGAUGGAUGUAUUGCAUAACUGGUAGGGUUUCCAGUGAAUUUUUAACUUUACUUUUUGUCAUAUCAGGGUG